ACCCGGCGCUGCCGGGUUCUGCUCAGCGGCGAGUCCUGCUCCCGGGACCCUGCGGGACCCCCCAUUUCAUUUCCACUCCCCAUUUCCACUUCCUCCAUCCAUGACCCGUUGGGCGCGGCGGAACAUCCCGCCCGGGGCGAGGGCGCUGGACGCGACCCCCUGGGAAGAGAUGGGGGGGCCGGGAAAGGAUGAGGAGGAGGAGAAGGAGAGGAGGAAGAGGAGGAAGAAGAAGGAGUAUGUGAGCGAGGACGUGAACGGGUUCUUGGCGCACCGGAAGCAGCAGCAGAAGGAGGAGGAGGAGGAGGCGCUGAGGAAGGACCGGCGGCGGAAGAGCAGGAGGGUGAGGAGGCAGGAGAGAAGGAAGAACGCCAUGGUGUGUUUCCACUGCAGAGAACCUGGGCACGGCGUGGCUGACUGUCCUGCAGUCCUUGAAAGCCAAGACAUGGGGACAGGCAUCUGCUACCGGUGUGGAUCCACGGAACAUGACAUCAGCAAAUGCAGAGCCAAAGUGGAUCCAGCCAGUGGGCCAUUUCCAUAUGCAAAAUGUUUCAUCUGUGGUGAGAUGGGGCACCUGUCAAGGUCGUGUCCGGAUAAUCCCAAAGGACUGUAUGCUGAAGGUGGGGGCUGCAAACUUUGUGGCUCUGUGGAGCACUUCAAAAAGGACUGCCCAGAGAAACAGAACGCAGAGCAGCUGACAGUUGGGCGAUGGGUCUCUGGAAUGAGUGCAGACCAUGAGGAAGUCACUGAAGCACCAAAGCUGCAGAAGCCAAAAGCCAAAGUACCCAAAGUUGUGACUUUUUGAAGGUCUCUUGGCCCUUCACUGCUGCUUUGCUGCAGAAGAGUGACUACAGAGAGCUAGUUCCAAAAAAUCAAGCAGAGUGCUGCUGAAUUGUUAUUUUUUUGUCUCCCUUCAUUUUUCCAGUUUGCCUCCCAGACUCCCCUAGCUCCCUGAAAAGCUAGGAACAACAGAAAUACACCAAGUGGGUAUUUUACUAAAGGGAUUCUGGGUACUUUUUAAAGGUUCUUGUUGGGUUCUGGCUUGGUUUUGCCUUCUCCUUUUAGGAAUAACUUGAUUUUUUCCUCUAUAUGUGCCAGCUUGGCACAUAUGUAACUUCUUGUGGUGAAGUUACAGGUAAACCCUACGGCCUGUCUAGCUUGGGGGUGCAAUACCUGCUACUCGUGGUUGUAAUUAACAAUCAUUAACUUGAUUGUUAGUGCAUGUUGGAUUGUUUAUUUGUUCAGUAACAAACAGAAUCAUGCCCUGCCUUUGAUACCUGUGGUGAAAAA